UUGACGCUGUGUUUCGCUGCUGAGGUGCGUCACAUUGAAGCAGAGUGAAGUGAAGACAUUUAUAAGAGACAGCAUUUUCACAUUAAUGAAAGUAGACAACUGUAGGAAACUGAAGUAAGGACACACUGAAACCAGCUUUUUGUUGUUAGUUGUCUCCGCCCCGCCCCCCGGGAAUAUUAAAUUUUGGCUGUCAAGUCUCUAUCUGAUCAACUCCUCAGUAUGGCUGAGCCUGCUGAGCUGCUGCUCAUCAAGGACCAGUAUGAGUUAGCAUUUCAUUCUCUGAGCCGCGGGCUGGCUGCUGAGGAGGCUGGUAAAAGAGCAGAGGCCCUGGAGUAUUACAGGAAGGGUCAACAGCACCUUACGCAAGGACUGGAAGUGCCCACUGGGGGGCAGAGGCAGCAGGGAACUAGUUGGGACGCAGCCAGACAGCUUCAGCAGAGGAUGAGGGACACUCUGAGGACUGUCAGCACCCACCUCUCUGACCUGGAGACCUCUGAGCUGACAACAGGAGGCCAGAGAGGCCAACUGCUGUUGAAUCUCCCUCCUAAUCUCUAUCCAGACCUGGCGCCAAACAGUCAGCCACCCCAUAGCGCCCUCCACCAUCUCUACCCCACAUUACCUGCUACCACCCAGGACACAAGGCCAACCUCAAAUACAGCUUUCCCUGCCGCUGCACACACACAAAUGCUCCCUGCAGCGGCUCCAGGAUCUAUAGCCAUGGCUAACCCAGGGGACCAGCCUCCAGCCUACACACCACAGCCCACAGACGGCCAUCGCAGCCUAUCUUAUGGUCUUGCUGGAGGGGGUUUCGGUUCAGCAGCAGCAACAGCAGGAGGAGAUGGAAACGAGCUGCUUUUCAUCCCCUCAGGGGUGCAGAUGUUUUUUGUGGCACCAAAUGGGCAGGUCAGCUCCCUGUCUUAUCCAGGGUUCCUUCGCAUCAUUGCUUUUGAUAGUCAGUGCAAGGAUUCUGCUGCUGGAAGUCCCUCAGCCUUUCUACAUGUGUGUGACUGGCUGUACCCGCUGACAACAGACACUCCAGUGCUGUUGGCUAACUCUGGGAUCUUCAUGUUCCCUGACACCUUGGCAGAGACACCAGGGUCCUACGUGGGCAUUGUGUUGUCCUCCGAACUGCCUGCUGCUCACCGUGAGACAUUUAAGGACCUCAUAUUGCAGCUGGCUGAACUCAGGAUCCAGGGUUCAGAGGGGGCAGGGUCAGAGGUCAUCAACCUGAGUGAGAAAGUCGCCCUUGGUCUCCCGAAGGAACAAACAGGACUGACAGUGGCAACAGAGGAGAAAGAAAAACUACCACUUCCAGGAUGGAGUGAGAAGAUGGCCCAAGGAAUCUUGUCAGGCGCUACACGGUUGAGUCAGGGGUUUGCAAAAGGAGCAGAGGUCACUGGUAGAGCCAUCCAUAAAGGAGCAUCCAAGAUGCGGGACCACAUCUCGCCUGAGGAAACCCCUGCAGAGGUCAGCCCCCGUGUCACCAAAGGUCUGCAGGUGGCUAAACAGGCCAGCGGUGGUGCCAUGCGAGUCAGCCAGUUCUUGGUCAAUGGUGUGAGCAUGGUGGCAGGACAUGUGGCAGAGAAGCUGGGACCCCAUGUGAAGAAACAUGGCGCUAAGCUGAUCCCGGAGUCUAUGAAGACGAGCAAAGACGGCCACGCUUCAAACCUGGAUGGAGCCAAGUUUGUGGCAGCCAGCAGUGUACAAGGUUUCUCUACUGUUUGGUCCAGUCUGGAGACCGGAGCAAAACUUAUUGGCAAAAGUGUCGCAGCAGAGACUGUCACAACUGUGAAGUACAAGCAUGGUGGUGAUGCAGGCCAAGCCACAGACAUUGCUCUCCAGUCAGUGGCCAAUGUUGGUUUGACUGCAUACAACAUUGACAAUCUGCGCUUCAGAGCCAUCCUGAAGACUACAGGCAAGGAAGCAGCCAAGGUUAUCUUGAAGAGUGGAAAACCAGCAGAAACGCAGGGGGAGGAGACAUCCAUGGAGGAGACACAGAAACAAGAAGAUGAAACAGAGACUGAGAGGAUGAAUGUGCAGAAGAAAGAGGAGGAAGAGAAGCAAAAAUAAGUUUCCACAGUACAUUAAGCUAAUUUUGUCUGUUAAAUUGAUGGCUCACCUCUUUAUUUCUUUCCUUUUAAAAGGAAAUAUAGGCCACUCAUUCCUGAAGUAGAUUUUUUGUUGUAUUAAUUGUUGAUGUAAUGGGAGUUGUUGAUUACUGGGAGUAGCCCAAGUCAAAGUGUAACUUCACAAGUCUCUCUAGGUUGGCAAUGUUUUGUCUUUUUGUACAUGAUUGUAUGCACUUUCACAUAUAACUUUAUUUUUAUGCUAGCAUUAUAUAUUUAUAGCCUCUAUAUUAACAUAUAAUUUGUUUUCUUUGACCAAACAUUCCAGUAAACAACAGAGUUGACAAUUGCCUGAUAUAAUGUUGAGAUCUAUAUGAAAGUGGCCAUAAGAAAAAUACAAAAAAAAGAAAGGUCUUAGAGAGGGAACAAGGUCUUAGAGAGGG